UCGUUUGCUGGUGUGCUGCCGCUGCCAACGCCGUGUUGCAAAGUUACAAAGCUGACAAGCUCAUGCCUGUUACCGAGAGUGCUGGACUUUGACCGUGAUGGACCGUUUUUGUCGUGAUAAUGGCUCAACUCGAAGACGAAAUGGACACAGCAGCAGUGCUGGUGGCAGCGCCGUCACGGUCGUGAUGCUGUUCACGCUGCUACUGCUACAACAUACUUGCUCCGCUGCGGAUGGCUUCUCGUCGUUCAGCUUUGGGGGCAUGCCCAGCGGUUUCAAUACGAGGGUGGACAAUGAAGGCUACUAUAAGAUUUUGGAGGUGGGGAAGACAGCGGACGCGGGCUCGAUCACCAAGGCCUACCGCAAGCUGGCGAAGAAGAAGCACCCAGACAAAGGAGGGGACCCGGAGGAGUUCAAGGCCCUGGCGGAGGCGUACGAGGUGCUCAGCGAUCCCGAGAAGCGACGGCUCUACGACCAAGUCGGGAAGGAGGGGCUGCAGGCCGGGGGGGGGGGAACGGGGAUGGACCAGAGCAGGCAGCAGGCUGAUUUGUUUCGGUCGUUCUUUGGGAGGUUUAGCCAACCGCAGCCUGUUCGGAUGCGCGAUGUAGUCUACGAGAUGGAGGUUACUCUCGAAGAGCUUUGCAACGGGGGCGAGAAGAAAGUCAGGAUCUGGAGCGAGGUGCCCUUGGAAGGGGGGCGCACGGAGAGGGUAGCUAGGGACAUAGAGAUCAGCCUCACGGCAGGGAUGACUACGGGCACUCGAAUAGUCAUGGAGGGGGGGGUGGACCCCAUAGAGGAGGGAAUCCAGCCCGGGGAUCUUGUGUUCGUGCUGAGGGAGACUAGACAUCGCACCUUCCGGAGGCUGACGGGGGAUUCGCCCCACCUCACUGCCGACAUCACGGUAACUCUCGCAGAAGCGUUGACUGGUUUCGUGCGAUCGAUCAGCCUUGUUGAUGGCCGGACGGUUUUUUUCAAGAGCAAGGAGGGGGAGGUCAUCUCGCCCGGGGCUGUCCGGAAGUUGCCGGGCUGCGGCAUGCCUGUCGGAGAACGACAGAAGGGAGACUUGUAUCUUCGGUUCGUGGUGGAAUUCCCGAGCGAGGAGGUUUCUUCAGCUUGGAGGGAGGAAGAGCGAAAAUCCCUCCAGGACCUACUCCCCCCAAAACCAAAGUUUCCAAAGGAGAAGCCGGAUAAUCCGGCCGUUGAAAUCCUUCCCGCGGAACCGAGCGUGGCGAGCCGUUUCAAGGCUGGCUUGUACGAUAAGCCACCCAGAGGCACGUCCCGAGGAGCAGGACAGGGAGGCCCGUGGGGUAGCGGUAGCGCAGCGGGGGGGAUGGGCAACCCGUUCGGCUUCUUCGGCCUGUAGAGGAGAGAAACGGCAUCAUGCUGCUACUGCUGCUGCUGCCCCUGCUCUUGCUCCUUCUGUUUUUCAUGAACGCGGAAGUAAGUUGCAUGCACCCGGCUCGGCUCGAUUUUGUGCUGGUUUUGGCUUGAAGCAAUCCCUUUAGGUGCUUGCCACGACAGCACGUUGCUUGUCGUAGUGGUAGUGGUGGGCGUUGGGCAUCAUGUCUUCACGUGACAGGAGUGCUCUUAAGAAACGUUGGUCUCCCGUUGGGCACAAGAAAAACACCGUCGUUUCGACAACGUCGCAAUUGUGUUUUUUCACACCACAAGUUUUUCGCCUUUGGUCAUGUCACCUUCAUGUGCCUUUUAUCACUUUCUCCACCCGACAUCGACCCCGCUCGGGUGUCCGACACCAAUAUAGUUCCGCCGAUUGGGAACUUGACUUGACUGUCGGCGAUUCACACAUCAUACGCCAAAGAGGGUCUCGAGACUAGCAACACCAGCCCUCAGCUUUUCCGGUUCAAAGCGACCUCGCUUUUCCAUCUUGCCUCAAUGUGUUUUUCUCAACGCAUUCGGAAAAGAACCCGACAAACUGAACGCAUCCUUCUGACACACGGCGCCCAGAUAACCAGCGCAUGUCGUACCAAGCAGCGACAAGCCCGCAAAAUAAACUAUGGCUUCUUCCUGCAUCAAUCUGUCAUCAUGAUAGUCCACCUACUAACAAAAGUCUAUUUUUUCAACCGUCCAAGGUUACGGUGCCAGCCGUGAACAACACGCACGUGGCAAGCAGCCACGCAAGGGCAACAACCACAGCAGCA